GGAGAGGAGCAGUGAAACAAAGGGAGGAGCAGUUAGGAAUGGUGACGUCAGAUUGGAAUGAGGGAGUGAAUGUUCCGGGUCAGAAACUGGAAUGAGAGGAAAUUAACUCUAGAGCGAGAAAAACACGAAAUCGCAACCGACCAAAACCGAGAUGUAAGCGUCGGCUUGUGAAAAUAAAGGCCGAACUACUCAACAUUCCACCGGCUGCAAAGAUUUGAAAACGGGACAGAAGCCAGCGUGAGGAUAAAAGUAUCUGAAGUGUGAAAGCGCAACCAGCGGUUUUAUUCCAUGUUACUCUGUGCAGUUUAUUUAUGCCCUGGGAGGUGGUUUGCGUGUUUGUUCACUGUUAAAAGUCGCACGAAGAGGCGCUGCCGUACCUGAUACUGUGCGUGGAAAACUUGGGAGUUGUUUUCUAUUGGAUUCUCCUUUUAUUUUGCGUAGUUGUGGGGGGAUUUUCGAAGAACGGAGUUUAUAGCAACCCGUGAUGUUUCACUGUAUUCCCUUGUGGCGGUGUAACCGUCACAUUGAAACGAUCGAUAAGCGCCACUGUUCCCUGUCCUACGUCCCAGAAGAAAUCUACCGUUACAGUCGGAGUUUGGAGGAGCUUCUGCUUGACGCUAACCAGCUACGGGACCUGCCUAAGCCAUUGUUUCAGCUUGUGAAGCUAAGAAAACUGGGACUGAGCGAUAAUGAGAUCCAGAGGCUUCCCCCAGAGAUCGCCAACUUCAUGCAGCUCGUAGAGCUGGACGUCUCCCGGAAUGACAUUAUGGAAAUUCCUGAAAGUAUUUCCUACUGUAAAGCUCUCCAAGUAGCAGAUUUUAGUGGAAACCCACUUACAAGGUUGCCUGAGACCUUUCCAGAGCUGCGAAACCUAACAUGCCUUUCCAUCAACGAUAUAUCGUUGCAGGCCCUUCCGGAAAACAUUGGAAAUCUUGCUAACCUGAUAUCACUGGAACUCCGAGAGAACCUGCUGACAUAUUUACCUGAGUCUCUCGCUCAGCUGCACAGACUGGAGGAGCUGGAUGUAGGAAACAAUGAGCUGUAUAGUCUGCCAGAAACAAUAGGCAGUCUCGUCAGCUUAAAGGACUUGUGGCUGGAUGGAAACCAACUGGCAGAGAUACCCGCAGAGAUGGGCAGCAUGAAGAGUCUGCUGUGCCUGGACGUGUCGGAGAACAAGCUGGAGCACCUCCCAGAGGAGAUGGGGGGCCUCACCUCUCUCACAGACCUGCUGGUGUCACAGAACCUCAUCGACUCCCUGCCCGAGGGCAUAGGAAAACUGAGGAGGCUUUCGAUCCUGAAAGCGGAUCAGAACCGACUGAUGCAGCUGCCAGAGAGCAUCGGGAACUGUGAGAGCCUCACAGAACUGGUGUUGACAGAGAACCAGCUGCUGAGCUUGCCAAGAAGUAUUGGAAAACUUAAGAAGUUGUCGAACUUAAACUGCGAUCGCAACAGGCUAACAUCAUUACCCAAAGAGAUCGGGGGCUGCUGCAGUCUGAAUGUCUUCUGUGUUCGUGAGAACCGCCUGACCAGGAUUCCCGCUGAGGUUUCUCAAGCCACGGAGCUGCAUGUCUUCGACGUCUCCGGAAACAGGCUACUGUACCUUCCCAUGUCCUUAACCACGCUGCGACUCAAGGCCCUCUGGCUGUCCGAGAACCAGUCCCAGCCGCUGCUGACGUUCCAGACCGACGUCGAUCCCGAGUCGGGAGAGAAGGUGCUCACCUGUGUCCUGCUCCCUCAGCAGCUCUCUGAACCGGAGGACAAAGGCAUGGAUAACCUUGCACGCUGUGGUGCUCUGGAGAGCUUGGUGAACGACAUGGCAGACGACACCUGGGACGACCGAGCUGCCAAUAGGAUCAGUGCCAUCCGCUUCCUGGAGGAAGAUGACGACGAUGAUGACGAGAAGGGAACGCUACUGCGGCGAGCGACACCACACCCUGGCGACCUGAAGACCAUGAAGAAGGCAGCGGAGAACCUCCGCAACGACAUGAACGCCGCCAAAGCCCUGGACUCCAACAAGAACGAGGUCAAUAACGCUGUCGACAGAGUGACCACGUCUGUGUGAGACUCUUACCUCAGAAACAUUUUACCUCCUGUGUCUCUCGCCGCCACCGCCCCCCCUCAGCAACCCUCCCAUCCUGUCCUUGCACCCUGGCCCGCACCAGUCUGUCUGAGGUCUCGGCCUGGCCCCUCUUGUCCGAUACCCAGCUUCAUCUCCAAACCCCCAUUGGGUCCUGUGGCUAAAAAGCAGGAUCCGGCGUGCCUUCUACUCAUCUCGUUUCCACGGCAAUAAUCUGCACAGGUCUGCUUCUUUUUUAAAUCAAAAUAAAUUCCAGUGCUUUUAUAAAAAUAAUUUUAAGAUAAAAAAAUAGGUAGUUGCACUAUUGUAAGUCUAGAGUAUCACAGCAUUUGAAAAAUCUCUAUAUAAAUAGUUUUAUUUUUUGUUUUUAAUUUUUUAAACACUGGGUGAAUAUUUCUUUUUACAUAUUUGGGAUACAAUAUAAUAUACCCAGGAAUUUUUGGACCUACUGAUAGAAUUAUUGUAUAGUUAUGUGAAUAUCGAUACUUUUAUACUUUUUUUUGGCAGCUCAGAUGGUGUAAAUUUUUUUAAAAAAUUGUAUAGCAAGUUUCUUAAUCGAUGGUGGACUUUUAAAUCUCUUGAAACUUGGUACGUAUUUUAUUUUAAGAAAAAAAAACUAUAAAAAUGAACAAACAAAAAUGUCUUCAUAUCACACUUUAUUAUUGUCUAUGGGUAGGCAGCCUCGAAUCUUUUGUAGUCCACAACCAGUCUUUUUAAAGAAUCUCACCUGCUUGGAGCGUAAAGCUGUUGUGUUCUUUAGUCAUUAAUCACUGGUAGGAGAGACCCAUCUGAACCAGUCUCCUGCAGAUGGAAUCAGCGCAUGUGACUAGGCUGUCUACCUCUUUGCACAGUUCUGUUUUGCUAUGUUAAAUUACAAGCCAAGGCUGCAUUUUUAAAUGUGCUUCAGAACACGAAGAUGAGGAACAAGAGACUUUUGUAUCGUUUUACUUAACAACCCGCCGAUAUCUGACAGAAUGAUCAGCUUUUAACGUUUUGAACAGAUGUUUAAUUCAUUCAAUCUUAACAUGGUGAAGUGGCGAUUUUUAAAAAUGCAGUUGCUUGAUACCACACAGUGCACUUAUGCAGGGCACUGGACUUUUUUUUAAAUGAAACCGCAUAUUGUUCUUAUGGUACACUACAAAAUUUCUUUCAUUUUGUUUGCUCUUAAAUGUAUUGUGAGGAAAAACCAUGGAAAUCGUUUUUUUUAAAUGUUGAUUUAUAUUAAUUAUUUUAUUCAAUGAUCAAGCUGCACAAAAGAAAAAAAUACUAUCUCAAAUAGGCAUAAAAAUCUGUGCCCUCAAAUUCUGAUGACUUUUAACCACUGAUACAAUAAAAUGGAUGUAAAAAACAACAAAAAAUA